AUGCAGGGCGGCGGCGCGCCCGCAGCCGACGCCGACCAGGCGCAGUUCGAGGCCGACAAGCGAGCUGUGUACAAACAUCCACUGUUCCCUCUCCUCGCUCUCCUGCUGGAGAGAUGCGAACAAGCGACGGCGGGGGCAGAGCCCCCAGCGGCGGACGCGUUCGGCGCCGACCUGCAAGCGUUCGUGCAGCACCAGCGCAGAGAUAGGAGGCCGUUCCUAGUUGACGACCCUGAGAUAGACGGCCUGAUGAUAAAAAGCAUUCAGGUGUUAAGGAUCCAUCUGCUAGAGCUGGAGAAAGUGCAGGAGUUGUGCCGCGACUUUUGCGGUCGGUACAUCGCCUGUCUCAAGACUAAAAUGCAGAGUGAGAAUCUCCUGAGAACGGAUUAUACUGGCGGUGGCGUGGAGAGCAACAACAACCUGUCCGGAUCACUGGACGAUCACUCCAGCACAUCCAAUUCACCACAGUACCAGUCGGGGUCGGCGCCGGCGGCGUACCCCGCGGUGUUCCCGCCGCAUCCCGAGCUGCCGUUCCCGCCUCACCCGAGGGAACCACCGUCACUGGUGGUCCAAGGUUCGACUCCGAUAAGUCAGAUCGGCGCUGGACUGUUACCGACAGAUUCUUUCACUGGUACGAACUCGAAUAACUCGUGUUCGUCAGUGUCCGGGUCGCCGCCCCCCGAGGAGGAGGGCGAGGACGCGGCCGGCAAGCGCGGCGUGCUGCCCCGACACGCCACGCAGGCCAUGCGCGCCUGGCUGUUCCAGCACCUCGUGCACCCGUACCCUACAGAAGAGGAGAAGCGCACUCUAGCAGCACAGACGAGACUCACCCUACUGCAAGUGAACAAUUGGUUCAUAAACGCCCGUCGACGCAUACUACAGCCAAUGCUUGACUGUGCAGAUAAACCAGGUGGCAAGAAAAGUAAAAACGGUUCUUCAAUAAAUAAACGGUACUGGCCCGACGCACUCUCCAAUCCACAGUUCACAGCAGGUCUUUUAUCAUCGUCGGAAGACGAGGACCAGGACGGCGAGCAGUCUGACAACGAACCUGAGACCCGCUCGGACGAGAGUCACGAGCCCUCCAACUUCCCGCCUCUACAACAGCCGAUGCAUUAG